AUGUCUUCAGCGCAAGGGCAGCCAGUCCCUCACCCAUUUGACCCUCUUACAUCUCAAGAAAUUCGUCUAGGUCACCGUAUCCUGCAGUCUGCGUUCCCUGGAGUUCAGCUUCGGAUCAACCGAAUUGAUCUUCAAGAACCUAUCAAAAAAGAUGUCAUUCCUUACAUCGAGGCAGAACGGCUAGGGAGGCCUCUUCCCAAAAAGCCAGCCCGCCUGCUUUACUCUUACUUUCAUCGUCUUGAUACAGGGGCAUGCUGCAAAGCUCUGCUCAACGCCGACGAUGCAUCCGUUGUCUACGCGAAAGAGUUGCCGGCUGGGGUUCAGAUUCCCAUAGACGUGGAUGAAAUCACAGAAAUUGAGAAGCUUUGCAUGGAGCAUCCAGCUGUGUUGGCUGAGAUCGAAAAAUUGAAACUUCCCCAGGGAGUUACAGUUUGCAAUGAUCCCUGGAUGUAUGGCACGGACAAUAUUCAUGAGACCCGCCGGUUGUUCCAGUGCUUCAUGUACAUUAUGUCUGUGGACCACCCUGAGAACAAUCACUACUCUAUUCCGUGCAAGUUCUCCCCUGUUUUUGAUGGCCAUACACGCGAGCUGGUCCGCAUGGACUACUUGCCUGGAGGCUCCGAUACCCAGACAGCUGAGACGCAACCGUGGAAGCCAGUCAAGACGAUUCAAUAUGCACAUGAUCUCUUGGAUGAGCCUCUCCGCACUGAUCUCAAGCCAUAUAUCGUCCAACAACCGGAGGGCGCCUCGUUUUCGGUGACGGGAAACAAGGUCUACUGGCAGAAGUGGCGUUUCCGAGUGGGAUUCAACAACCGUGAUGGCUUGGUCCUCUACAAUCUUACCUACGACAACCGCAACGUUUUGUAUCGGCUUUCCAUCUCUGAAAUGACCGUGCCCUAUGGAGACCCUCGAGCACCGUAUCAUAGGAAGCAAGCUUUCGACGUUGGUGAUGUGGGAUUUGGUCUGAAUGCCAAUCAGCUCUCGCUUGGCUGUGACUGCUUAGGACACAUCAAAUACUUCGACGGUUACCGAUCCGAUUCUAAAGGCCAACCUGUUCGUCUGAAGAAUAUAAUCUGCAUGCAUGAACAGGAUAACGGGCUUCAGCACAAACACACCAAUUACAGAUCGGGAGCAGCCACCGUUGUCCGCAACCGCCAGCUUGUUCUCCAAAUGAUCUGUACGGUGGCCAACUACGAGUACAUCUUCGCCUACAUCCUUGAUCAAGUAGCGAAUAUCGAACUUGAAGUCCGCGCCACCGGUAUUCUCUCCACGGUGCCCUUUGACAAUACAAAUGGGGAAACUGUCAAGUGGGGCACCAAUGUCGGCCCAGGCGUCAUGGCUCCUUUCCACCAACACAUGUUCUCCUUGCGCAUCGACCCUGCUAUUGAUGGCUUCAAAAACACUGUCUAUUACCAAGACAGCGUCCCUCUUCCAGAAGACGAAAAUAACCCUUACUUGGUUGGAUACACCACGGAGGAAACCACCAUUGGCAGGUCCGGCACUGCAAACACUGACAUCAAUCGCCACCGUGUGUUCAAGAUUCGCAAUGAUAACGUUAUCAACCCCAUUACCUACAAGCCAGUGGCAUACAAGUUGCAAACCGCGCCUAGCCAAAUGCUUAUCAUGCCGAAGCAUGCCAUUGGCUAUCAACGAGCGGAGUUCGCCUCAAAGCCAAUCUGGGUUACUCGGUAUCAAGACGACGAACUAUACGCUGCCGGUGAGUUUACAAACCAAAGCAAACGUGCCAACGGGGUAGAGACGUGGGUGCAGAGAAAUGAUGUUACGGAAAAUGAAGACGUUGUCUUAUGGCACACUUUCGGUCUAACGCAUAACCCGCGUAUUGAGGACUUCCCCGUCAUGCCCAUGGAGCGUAUCAGCGUGAUGUUAAAACCGGACGGCUUUUUUACGAAGAACCCAGCACUGGAUGUGCCUCAAUCGACGCAGAAUUUCAACAAGUCAACACUUCACCCAGAAUCAUGUUGCGAGUCUGUGAAGAGUAAGAUAUAG